UGAAUAUCACAUUGAGCAAACAGUCGACACAUUGUUGCACAACGUAUUGCACCGUGACAUAACAGCACAAUGUAAAUGCAGAUUAGGUGACCCCAGUGACAUGUAUAGUUGUGUAUUGAAACCGAUUGAAAAUACCCUACUGACAAGUUUUCCUCUCAGAUCGUGCCAGGCCUGCACUACAAUACACACGCUAGUUUUCAUAUGGGUGGUUAGGUUGAUUGUGGACUGGAGUGAUUGCAGAACGUAGCGAGGAUAGAGUUUCCUUUAACACUAUGGAAGAUGAAAGAGCAGUACGUCUCUUCGAAAUGCUGAUACUAUGCCUGCUAUCGACUGUACUGAUUCUGACUGAUGGAUGUGGCGCAGACUGUCCACCGGGAACAUACGGAGACGAAUGUGACACAAACUGUCCUGCACACUGCAGGGUAUAUGUUGCUGAAGACGUUGUUUACUGUGACAAGACCAGUGGACGCUGUCAUGAAGGAUGUAUUCCAGGCUGGUAUGAUGACACGUGCAACAAACAGUGCAGCAAGAACUGUAUGAACAACAUCUGCAAUCACAAAGAUGGAGCAUGCACAUCUGGAUGCAAAGCUGGCAAAAGUGGAACGUUUUGUGAAGAAACAGAGGAAGGGCACACAAGACAGGCAACUGAGACUUCAGCAGGACUGUGGGCAGCAUUUUUUCACAUUACUGGUUUGCUGGUAAUAUUCCUGCCACUAUUUGCAAUAUAUAAACGUCAACAGAAAAAUGAUUGCAUUCAGAAGAAGUUCACGACAACCUGUUGUGAUGAAUGUAGUGCUGUGUUGUGUACAAACGAGGAGGUCCCAGCUACAGGCACCGCAUUGUUCUCGGUGCCCUUUGUUUGGUACCUUCCUGUGAUGCACAUGGAGCCGGUGUAG